AAAGAUUAGAAUUUAUAUACUACAAGAUGAAAAAGUCAACUGGUAAAGCAUAUGCAUCCAGCCAGGAAGAUAGUGAAAAUGACAGUGAUGUAACUGAAUGCAGUAUUGGGAGUAAUUCUACUGCUGGCACUCAUCGUAGCGAUACGCCUACCCGAAGUGCUCGUUACAGACGAAAGGGUCGUCGCAGAAGUAAAACAACCAAAUACAAACCUUCUACAGACAAGCCAUUGUACAAAUAUUGUUGUAAUGUUAAAGAGGAUCACGGUCAACCGUUGUUUGGAGUGCAAUUUAAUUAUCAUUUGAAGGAGGGUGAGCCAUUAAUAUUCGCUUCCGUAGGCAGUAAUCGAGUGAGCAUCUAUGAGUGCCCGCAAAGUGGAAAUAUACGAUUGCAACAGUGUUAUGCCGAUCCCGACACGGAGGAAAAUUUUUAUACAUGUGCUUGGACAUACGAUGACUCCGGGAAACCUCUGUUAUCCGUGGCCGGAUCACGUGGAGUCAUACGAAUUAUUAGUCCCGCAACAAUGACCUGCAUUAAGCAUUAUAUCGGUCAUGGACAUGCGAUAAAUGAGCUAAAGAUUCAUCCGAAAGAUCCAAACAUAUUGCUAUCUGCGUCGAAGGAUCAUGCUUUAAGAUUAUGGAACAUCAAGACAGAUGUAUGUAUUGCAAUCUUUGGUGGUGUAGAGGGUCACCGUGACGAAGUAUUGAGCGCUGAUUUCGACAUACGAGGUCAACGGAUCAUUUCGUGCGGAAUGGAUCACGCUCUCAAGUUGUGGUCUUUGGACAAACCGGACAUGCAGGAGGCGAUAAAACAGUCCUAUCAUUGCAAUCCCAGUCGUAACGGCAGACCCUUUGAUUCGAUACUCCAACAUUUCCCAGACUUUACCACUCGCGACGUUCACCGAAACUAUGUCGAUUGUGUGAAAUGGUUCGGUGAUUUUAUCCUAAGCAAAUCCUGCGAGAACUGUAUUGUGUGCUGGAAACCAGGUAGACUCGAAGAUUCGCAAUUGCGUAACGGAGAAACGAGCGCGACAGUCAUGCAUCGUUUUGAAUUUAAGGAAUGUGACAUUUGGUUUAUACGUUUUUCUAUGGAUUUCUGGCAACGCACGAUCGCGUUAGGUAAUCAAGUUGGUCGUACUUAUGUUUGGGAUUUGGACAUGGAAGAGCCUGGACAAGCGCGCUGCUGGUCUCUCCAGCAUCCUCGUUGUACUGUACCAAUUCGCCAAACUAGUUUAAGUCGAGAUGGUUCUGUAUUAUUAUGCGUCUGUGAUGAUGCAACUAUUUGGAGAUGGAAUCGCGAUCAUUGAUUUUAUUUAAAUUUAUUUUAUUCAUUUUAUGACAAAAAAUACGUGCCUUUGCAUUAUAUGCUUGCAAUAAUUUGAAUUUACAGGCGAAGUUGUAACUUCAUUUCUAGAGACUUAGAAAUGUAAACACAUUCGAUAAAUUGCAUUUCUGAUAAAU